UCUAUUAACUUGUUCAAAAAAGUAUCAGGAGUUGUCAAGGCAGAGAAGAGAGUGUUUGCAAAAGGGGGAAAGUAGUUUGCUGCCUCUUUAAGACUAGGACUGAGAGAAAGAAGAGGAGAGAGAAAGAAAGGGAGAGAAGUUUGAGCCCCAGGCUUAAGCCUUUCCAAAAAAAUAAUAAUAACAAUCAUCCGCGGCGGCUGGAUCGGCCAGAAGAGGAGGGAAGCGCUUUUUUGAUCCUGAUUCCAGUUUGCCUCUUUCUUUUCUUCCCCCAAAUUACUCUCCGUCUGAUUUUCCUCGCGGAGCCCUGCGCUCCCGACACCCCCGCCCGCCUCCCCUCCUCCUCUCCCCCCCGCCCGCGGGCCCCCCAAAGUCCCGGCCGGGCCGAGGGUCGGCGGCCGCCGGCGGGCCGGGCCGGCGCACAGCGCCCGCAUGUACAACAUGAUGGAGACGGAGCUGAAGCCGCCGGGCCCGCAGCAAACUUCGGGGGGCGGCGGCGGCGGCGGCGGCGGCGGCAACUCCACCGCGGCGGCGGCGGGCGGCAACCAGAAGAACAGUCCGGACCGCGUCAAGCGGCCCAUGAACGCCUUCAUGGUGUGGUCCCGCGGGCAGCGGCGCAAGAUGGCCCAGGAGAACCCCAAGAUGCACAACUCCGAGAUCAGCAAGCGCCUGGGCGCCGAGUGGAAACUUUUGUCGGAGACGGAGAAGCGGCCGUUCAUCGACGAGGCCAAGCGGCUGCGAGCGCUGCACAUGAAGGAGCACCCGGAUUAUAAAUACCGGCCCCGGCGGAAAACCAAGACGCUCAUGAAGAAGGAUAAGUACACGCUGCCGGGAGGGCUGCUCGCCCCGGGCGGCAACAGCAUGGCUAGCGGGGUAGGGGUGGGCGCCGGCCUCGGUGCGGGCGUGAACCAGCGCAUGGACAGCUACGCGCACAUGAACGGCUGGAGCAACGGCAGCUAUAGCAUGAUGCAGGACCAGCUGGGCUACCCGCAGCACCCCGGCCUCAACGCGCACGGCGCCGCUCAGAUGCAGCCCAUGCACCGCUACGACGUGAGCGCCUUGCAGUACAACUCCAUGACCAGCUCGCAGACCUACAUGAACGGCUCGCCCACCUACAGCAUGUCCUAUUCGCAGCAGGGCACCCCUGGCAUGGCGCUUGGCUCCAUGGGCUCGGUGGUCAAGUCCGAGGCCAGCUCCAGCCCCCCCGUGGUUACCUCUUCUUCCCACUCCAGGGCGCCCUGCCAGGCCGGGGACCUCCGGGACAUGAUCAGCAUGUACCUCCCCGGCGCCGAGGUGCCGGAGCCCGCCGCCCCCAGCAGACUUCACAUGUCCCAGCACUACCAGAGCGGCCCGGUGCCCGGCACGGCCAUUAACGGCACACUGCCCCUCUCGCACAUGUGAGGGCCGGGCAGUGAACUGGAGGGGGCGGGGGAGAAAUUUUCAAAGAAAAAGAGGGAAAUGGAAGGAGAGCAAGAAACAGCAAGGAGAAAAACCCGGUACGCU